AUGAAUCAAACAAUAAACGUGGAACAGCUGAAUUCCGCUCUGACAUCUCUACGCACACUACGUUCAAGUGUCAGUCAUGUUUUCGAGACGCUUUCUAAUGGUCUGCGUGCUGACCACGGCGAAGAUGGCAAGGAUAAGUUCCUUAUGGAGUUGCAAGAACUUCUCAACAACGUAAACAUCAAUCUUCGAGAGCUGGACCAGACUGUCAAUAGUUUACCGAUACCUACUGCACCAUUCAACUUGGGGACAACUACCUAUCUUAGUCAGGAGACAACUCAAGACCGCCAAGCUUUAUACACGCAACUAGUAAACAGUUAUAAAUGGACUGAUAAGAUACAUGAGUAUAGCUCGUUUGCACAUACACUCCUAAGUCAAAACUCGCUUAAACGAUCGUACAUAAACUCUGGAAGCACAAAACGACGCGGUAAAAUGCAAAGUAACCACAAUGUCGCACCUGUUCAAGUCGACAACGUCAUAAAUAACAUUGAUAGAUCAUACAGCGACAUGAAAAUAACAAUUUCGAGGCCAUUUGCAAGCAAUGCAGUUGUCCAGAUUAACUUGAGCCAUGUUUUAAAGGCUGUAGUGGCAUUCAAAGGACUCUUAAUGGAAUGGGUGAUGGUUAAAGGCUACGGUGAAACACUUGACCUGUGGACAGAGUCGAGGCAUCAUGUAUUUAGAAAAGUUACAGAAAACGCUCAUGCAGCGAUGUUGCAUUUCUACUCGCCAACACUACCAGAGCUAGCUGUCCGUUCAUUUAUGACAUGGUUGCACAGUUAUGUGAAUCUGUUCAGUGAGCAUUGUAAACGAUGCGGCUGCCACCUCCACCACACUUCGCUUCUGCCACCUGCCUGGCGUGACUUCCGUACUUUGGAACCUUUUCAUGAUGAAUGCAAGCAAUAG